AGGGCUUACUCCCUGGUCUUCCCGUGAGGCUCCUCAUUGCCUCGUGGCAGGCCGUAGGAGCCCAUGGAGGGAAAGGAGGAUAAGCAGCAACAGCAUAAAAUAGAAGAUGCUGGUAUACUGUAUAUAACGGAAAAAAAAGAAGAAACGAAACAUGAAAAAAAGCCUGGAAAAAGUAUUCAGCAUUCAAAACCAUGUAUUGGGAGAGGACAUGUAUAUUAUGCUAAAUUCAUUAACACAAAUGUAAGAACAUGCAACGAACCAGUUCCCUACAUAGAUCCCAAAAACGAGCCAGAUGAUCAGGGUGACUGGUGGUCACAUGGUAAAGUACUGGAAAAUCCCUUCCAACCACCUUAUGACACUAAGAGCACCCAGAGGAGUGACUUUAAAAAACCAACAUGUCCAUUUGUUUCUCCAGUCAAAUACAGCAAGUUGCAAAAGCCUUCUUAUGGAAUAGUUCCACUUGCUUCUCCUGAUGCAUCAGCAGAACUCCGAAAGAAUUUUAUAGAACGCAUCUCUUUUUCACAUCAAUAUGAUGCCAGGAAAACACCCAAUGAGCCCAUCCGGGGAAAGCGACAUGGAGUUUUUGUGCAGACAGAGAUAAAACCAGGGAGUAGGCCAACAGUUCCUAAGAGAACAGAGGUAUUACUGAAUGCUCCAGGGUCAUGCUCAUCAGAACAGUCCAAAAAAACAGAGAAAGGAAACUCAGCGGAAAGCAAAAUGAUCUCACCCGGUCUCUGCCGACAAAAUUCCCAGGAGUUGUUAGAGACUAAAACUCACUUAUCAGAAACAGACGUCAGAGAGGCAGCCAACACACGUCCCAGAAGUCUUGAGAGAAGGGAGAAGAUUGCAGACAUCUUUCAAAUAACUGCAGUAAAUGCUCUUCUCACCAGGCAUGAUUCUUUAAGUCCACCAAUAAAAAGUCAGGAUAAAUCAGGAUAAACUACCUUCUUCAAAUAAAAACAUAGUCCUUAGAAUGUA